AUGGAUGACCAUACGCGGAUCUUCCACAGGCUGUUGUCGAAUCCUAUCGAUGGCGAUAAGCUCCGGGCCCGACAGACGUCGACAAACACCUGCCUGCCUCCCUCCCUUCUCGCUGUUACUCCCAGUUGCGCAGUUGCCUGCAUCCAACAGUUUGCAAGCCAAAACUAUCCAGGGGCCACAUGUGCAAAUACCUCAGACAUCGAAUACCUCUGUGCACAAUCUAACAUUUCGGGACUUACAAUUGGCGAAGGUGCCGUACAGUGUGUGGUCUCUGUUUGUAUAGCAGACGAUCAGGAGGACGUGGAGGUUUACGGCGUCUGCAACUCUGUGCCAGGAGCUCAACCGAGGACUGCUCGAACCAUCACUGCUACAAUCAUUGGGCCUUCCACCACGACAUCUACCGCUAUGGAGAGCCUACCCGCAACUAUAGGAAAUCCAACCUCCACCAUGGAGGUCAGCACCAUUGUGAUGGCCACGGACACACCAACAUGGAUGAUGGUAACAUCAGAGGCAUGGCCAACGUCUGCAGGUUCACUUGCGCCAACAGAGAAUCCAACGAAUACUAUGGUAGACCAAACCACUCGCGGGUCGACCGAGUCCUCCACGACAUCAGGAGCUGCUGCUGUGCCGGAACAGGCAACUCCUAGAUCUGGUCUCUCUACCACUCAAAUUGCAGGGAUUGCGAUCGGGGGUGCCGCGACUAUUGCUAUCGUUGUUGGGCUGCUCAUUCUUUCAUUCUGGAUGCGAAAGCGGCGUCAAAUGCAUCGACGUAGCCAAAGGCGCUCACGAUUAAUCGAACCGUCACCACCUGCAAACCCUCAGAGCUUUGAGAAACAGACUCAGCCAACACUCGGUAACCUUGGAACUCUCCCUACAGUAUCAAAUACUCCGGGUCGCUUCUAUGCUCCGCAACAACCGACGGAAGAAAAGAGGCGAAGCUUCUGGCGGAAGAGCAUCAGACCAGAAGAGAUUGGUAUAGCCGUCUCGCCAAAAAUGCCCGGCGAACACUCCCCUGUCAGCGCAUCCUCUCAACAAAGCUUCUCGCGGCUACUACCAGAGGUGCCUCCUGCAGUUCUUUGGCCCGCACCACUCGAUAUCGACGCCACUAGGGAACGAAGGAGAUAUACGCAGCGACCUGUCAGUGAGGCCACCGAGUUUGACGACGAGCCGGAAGCAAAACCACAAGAACCAGAGCGAGUUUUCGUCGACAAUCAGCCGUUCAUACUUGAGAAACCACCUCUGUCAUAUCGGCCACGGGGCCCACCUCCGAACCUGAGAUUACCCGCAUUGCCCGAAAGCCCUGCUAAGUCUGCAGGACAGACAGCAAGGAUUCCUCUAACUCCAACCUACGACAACGGCAACGUUGACUUGGCCUCGCCGUCUGUUAACGUCCGGUCACCCGCUAUAUCGCAACUGGCACUUCCAGUCGUUGAGCACAAGCUGCCCCCAUCGUCAAUGUACGCAAAUAGAAAGGUCCUGAGGAAAAAACCUCCAGCGAGACUCCCUCUUCGGGUCAUCAACACUCCGCCCGUGGAGCCUCCUACACAGCCACGGAAUCUCCCGGCGCUAUCUGAAUCAGCGUCGCUUCCUCCUGCAAGUAGACAGACGCUGCCUGUGAGCCGUCGCACGGAAAGAAAGAGUUCCACCAGCUCCAUCUAUACCGAGAUUGAGGAAGACACAACGCCUGAAGAAGCAACCAAACAGCUUGGGAUGGACGUCAACACAAUGACGACAUCUAUUAUCCCCCUCAACAUUCGUAGCGUCUCACCGGCGCAAGAGAGUCCCAUUAAAGAUUUGAGGUAUCCUCAGAUUCCUCGUUCGGCCGCCAUAUCCAGACAGGCAGAUAGGCCUGCCCAGCUUCGAGCAAGCCUCAAUCUGUCCCCUUCGUCGGCCUUUGUACCACCAUCAACUUCACCUUUGCGACAAACCAGGGAUCAGCUUGUUCGCGCAGAACUAAGCUUUGUGCAAACAGAUACCACCUCCUCCGACGGAUACCUCUCCGAUUACAUUGUCGAAUUUCCCUUUCCUCCCGUAUCGAAGCCUCCCAAAGCCAGUUUGAGCGAACUCGGUAGCAAACCAAGUGGUAACAAGGGACCCCCUUUGCAAGGUAUCGAUCAGCCUGGGAACGAAGUCACGAACACUAGUACGAGAACAGUGAAUCUCAUUGUUCCACAACGGUCGCCGUCCUCGAAAGCCCGAUUGACCCCGAGUAAAUCAAGCAGUGGUGAUUUGUAUCUGACUGUUGAAAUUUGA